GCCGGUGCCAAAUUCCAAAGCGGAAGGAAACAAAGCCAACGGGGAAAACGAAGUGAGCUGUGGGUGGACGACUACGGCACAAAGCAAAGACGGGGAAUGCCAGGCUUGAUUUUCAGUUCGAGGUGUGGAUCGCAUUUGUUCGACGAGAAAUCGAUUUGAAUGGAAUCUUGUUCGGCGUCUACCCGAUUCCCGGUUCGGAGAUCACGAAGAAAUGGCGGACGCUGCUCGGUCCGACUCCAGCUCCCAAGUUUCCUCCGUUUCCAGCGACCAGAACGGUGAGGUCUAGGUCAAGGUAGAGUCCAUGACUGGAAAGGGGAUUAAGCAUCCGUGUUCUGAGCUUAUCGAGAUAAAGGCAGAAUCUGAUGAAGAUUUUUAUAGAAAUAUCUUCUCCAAUUAUUCUGCAUUCAACAGGUCUUAGUUUGUUAAAAGAAAAAAAAAAAAAAUUCUUUCUUUACUUCUUGAGCUUUAUUUUGAUAUUAGGAAGAUCAAUUAAUCUUAGUGUUAUUUCCCAACAUUUUCGAGUUAAUACUAUUAUGCGUGCAGAGUAUUUAACGAAGUGCAAGGGAUGAAAAAUAAACUGAUGCUACUAAGAACCCAACUUUCAACCCAGAACAAGCUUGUAAACGACCUUCUUGAUGGAAUAAUGCAUCUGAAGGUUAUGUCUGAGGAGACAAUAGAAUCAAUUAUUCUGGAAUCUGAAGCCACUGAUGAACCAACUUCACCAAGCAGGUGGGAGAGUCAUAUUGAUAAUCUUUCAGAAACCUUGGACAUUCUUCUAUUGGAGAACAGGAUCGAUGAAGCUAUAUGCCUAUAUCCAUCUUUGAAAUGGAGGAUGAAAAUUUUCAAAGGAUGCAGUGUGAUAAGAAGUGCUCGGCUGACUUGUUGAUGUUGUAUAGCUCUGCACUUUCAGAGAAAAAAGACAGGCUUAUAUCACAUUUGACUCUUGCAGCUGAAAACCCAAGAAUAUGUGCAGCAGAACUUCAAAAGGCAUUAGUUGGAAUUUGCAGACUUGGUGACAUUCAUUGUGCAACUCAGUUAUUGCUUAAAUAUUACCAUUUGCAUAUUGCAAAGGGAAUACAGAAAUUGCAAUGUUCAAAAUCGUUUUCACAUGGGAUAUAUGUUAAGGAACUUGCCAAGUUUGUAUUCUCUAUGAUUUUCCAGGGAGCAGGGGGCUUUGUCAUCUUAUAUGGAGCAACUUCGCCCUGUGCUUCAGAGCUGAUUCAUUGGACCCAUGAAGAAACUAAAAUAUUUGUUGCUUCAUUUGAUAAAUAUGUUAAGUCUAUUUCAGAAAUAAGUGGUGGAUUGUCCACGGCAGUAGAAGCCUUGCAGUUUGCAUUGUCUUAUUGCUCAUUGUUAGAAACUCUGAAAUUACUGUUAAAGCCAUGCUUAUUCAACCAUAUUCGUCCUCAUAUGGAAGAGAUUCUAAGGAUACAUGUAGAGCAUUUUGAGAAAGUUAUUGGUAUCUUCACAGCAUCUGAUACUUGGGUUUUGGGAAGAUAUUGUGUCCCAGGAAUUUUAUAUGGGGGUAAUUCAUCCAUGGAUACUAGGCAACAACCAGAUUAUUGUCUGCUCACCAACAGUGGCAGGAAAUUUUUAACUUUCCUGCAGGCUAUCAAGUCAGAUGUUGCUCCUUUACUUGACAUUCGAAUGGGAGGUCCUAUCCUUAAAGGACUAAUGGAACUCUACAGAGUACGUAGUCAUUCUUGAGAAAGCCAUCACCUUUGACAAAAAUAUUUCUGAGUGUGGCUCAAGAAUGAAUGUUGCCGAGUCACUGCCAGAACAGGUUUCUGUGCUGGCUAAUCUAUCAACACUAGAACAUAUUUUCUGCAACAUUGUGAGAAAUUAAUUUCUUAGGGGGAAAUAGUGAUAUGGAUUCCAAGCUAAUAAAAAAUCUGUCAGUUCAGUUUCAACAAAAGGAACUUGAUGCUUGUAUGCUGUCUGUGCAAGAGGCUACUACUCGAUUUAGAGCUCAUUUCUGUCAGCAAUUUAUAAACAGAAUGAUGUCUCUUCAAACUGGAUCUAUUGUUAUGAAAGAAACUGAUAACAGGGUUGAGGCUAGAAUGUUUAGCAAUGCAAUGCUCUCUAUUGCCUUUCAGGUGCUAUUUAUAGAACUAAGAAAGAUGAACUUUCUGAAGAUGUCUAUGAAGUGUAUUGGUUGAUGGAACUACAAAGGGAGUUGAUGGAGUCUAUAUUUGUUUGGAUUACAAGCAACAAGGAAAUUUGGGCAAAUACAGAAGAGAAUCCACCUUUCCAACUUUCAGACAUUUUUAGUCAGGUAGACAAUCUAAUGCAUAUUAGUGGUGAUGGAUCAUGUGGACCUCUGUCUAAGCUGCUUUACAUUCCUUGUUCUUAGAAUUUUAGGUUUGGAGAUUCAUCAAUGUUUGGUUUCAUUGUCACCUAAUUUUAUUUUUUUGUCCAUAAUUGUAACCUAGAUCCACUAAGCAGUUUCUUCUUUAAUCUACUGUUAUAGAUAACUUGUAGUGAAUUUACUCUGACAAUCUGCAGGAUGCAAUCUAUGGCAUAACCUGUUGAAACUUUGUUUGGAUUUUCAAUGAUAACAUGAUAAUCGGUUACCUGCUAAUCUGUUUAUUAUGUACAUCAUUACCAUACAGUUUGUCCUGGACGUGCAUUUCCUGGUAGAAAUCGUGAGGCGUGGACGAUGCUUCUCCAAGAGAGCCACGAUUCUUGUUGCUCUCAUAGAUUCAGCCUUUAUCUCAGCUGGACUGGAAGGUAACGAUUCAGGAGUUUCUCAGAGCAAUUAUCGAUCUCUUUUGUAAAAUUUAAGCCGUAAAUAGAAGGAUCUCGGAAUUAAGGAUAAAUUUGUUCAUACAAACAAUUAUUUGUGUCUUAUCUCACUCUAUUUCUAAACUCAAAUAAACAUAAAACUAAACU